AGCGCGUGUUGAGACAGGAAAAGAUAAAUUACUGGGGACCAGCUGCGAGUCGGGGGGAGAGGUCGACUGCUGGGAUUUUUGCGCAGGCUUGCAGGCAUUACCGCGACCCCCUGAAGUGUGACCUCAGUGAGGUCCGGUGGCCACUAGGGGGCCCACAGAUUCAUGAUCAUUUCUAUUUUCCCCAAAGAGAAAAUAUCCAAAAUUGCUUGGGAAUUACUUGUUUAACUUUUGUCAGAGUUGCGUUCAAUGAAUUUCCCUUUUGGCCGACCUUCAGUAAGCUGUUUAAGGUCUCUUAAUAGUACUCUUCAUUAAUAACUCAUUGUUGACUGGUUUCUCAUCUCUAGCGGUGUUGUGUAAGAGCAGCCAAAGGGGACCGUACAGGCACAGACCCUUAGAGAGGUGUUUGAAAGCUUUGCACAAACUCAAAUGGCUCUAGAACCCCGAGAGGCUGAAGCCCCCGAUCCUCAGAAUCCCACAUGGAAAGAGAGACUUCAAGUCGUCCAAGUGAAGGUGGAGGAAGAAGAGGAUUACAUAUGGGAGAAGAAAUGUAACAGCCCUUCCACCCAGGAGAUCUUCCGCCUGAGGUUCAGGCAGUUUGGCUACGGUGACACGCCUGGACCCCGAGAGGUUCUCCGCAAACUCCGGGAACUUUGCCAUCAGUGGCUAAGACCAGAGGUACACACCAAGGAGCAGAUUCUGGAGCUGCUGGUCCUAGAGCAGUUCCUGACCAUUUUGCCGGAGGAUCUGCAGAGCUGGGUGAGAGAUCAGCAUCCAGAGAGUGGAGAGGAGGUGGUAACUGUGCUGGAAGGUUUGGAGAGAGAACUUGGUGAACCAGGACGUCAGGUUGCAUCAAAUGCACAGAGAAAGGGAGGUACCGGGGAGAAGAUGGUACCUUUGAAAGCAGCAGAGGAUGCACUAAAUGUCCACCUUCAGCCUAUGAAUGCCGAGAUCAAGUGUGGGUCUCCAGAGCCCCAGUUCCCACAAGAAAGAGAUUUUGAGACUGGUACCAAGUGGUCACUUGCAAAGCAAGAACUUUCUAAAGAAGGGGAGUCACAGGAGAUGAAAUCAGGAAGGCUUCCAAUGGAUAUUUCCAAGGGAACCAAGGUGGGAGAAGCCUAUGAAUGUGAAGGCACUUUAGCUAGGCAGCAGGGAAACAAAAUGGAGGAAGAAGAUGAAUCCCUUUCCCAGGAUGGAAAUUUUAUAGUAGUGACUAUGCCUUCUGAAAAAAUUUCCUUAGGAGAGAAUGGACAUAAAUAUGACGAAUGCUUGUGUAGUUGUCAUUUGAACUCAAAUCUAGUUACACAACAUAGAAUUCCGACAGAAGAGAAGACCCAUAUAUCUAAUACAAACAACCAAAACUCUAGACAGAAUUCAUCUUCUAGUGUACAUCAAAUAGAUGAGACUGUCAAGAAACCUUAUGAAUGUAAUGAAUGUGAGAAAACAUUCAAGCAAAAUUCAGAACUUCGAAAACAUCAGGGAAUUCAUAUAGGAGUGAAGCCUCACAAAUGUACUCAGUGUGGGAAAGCAUUCAGCCGCCGUUCAUAUCUUAGGAAACAUCAGAAAAUUCACACUGGAGUGAAACCCUAUUCAUGUAGUGAAUGUGGGAAAGCUUUCAGGGUGAGCUCAGACCUUAUUCAGCAUCAAAGAAUUCACACUGGAGAUAAACCCUAUCAUUGUAGAGAAUGUGGGAAAGCCUUCAAUCAGAACUCUUCCCUUAUUCAACAUCAGAGAAUUCAUACUGGAGAGAAACCUUAUGAGUGUAAUGAAUGUGGGAGAGCUUUCAAUCAACGCUCAGCUCUUACUCAACAUCAGAGAAUUCAUACUGGAGAGAAGCCCUAUGAAUGUAAAGAAUGUGGGAAACCCUUCAGGCACUGGUCUGGCCUUAUGACACAUCGAAGAGUACACACCAAACUUUCCCCCAAAGCCUGGAGAAAGACGGAGGACCGCACCUUUGCUCCCGCCCCUACGGGACCUGGGCAGAGCGGAACGGAGGGUCGUUUCCCGCCAGUUGGCUGCUUCUCCUCCGCCUUCCUCAGAGCCAGGCCGACCCCGAGGCUCCCCGUUCUCCCACCCCCGCCCCACUCCCCUGGCUACUACUCCGUGAUGACGUCACCGGCGCGGGACCUGCCCGAUUUCCCGGCGCCAAACUCCAUCCUGGAAUUAAUAGACUUCAUCCCCACCGCCAUCUUCCCUAAGGGCAAAAAGCAACCGCUUGACAGUGGUCCGUCGGCCUCAAUCACCCCGGAAAGGGCGGAAACCCGGCCCGGAGGUUCCGGGAAAUGUAAUCUGGAAGUGGAGGUGCGGACAGGGUCGGACGGAGGGCGGAGGGGCGGAGUUGGGGAAUUACUAACUCGCUUCUGCCUCAGGCGAGGAAGGAGAGACCAAAGAGAUUGUGUUGACGGCUGCAAGUCCUUGCGUCACUUGAGAAUCCUCACCCUUCAGACCCUUGUGGAGUUUUGUUUUUCUUUACUUGGACGAACUCAAAUGGCUGUGGAAUCUAGAGAGGCUGUAGCCCUGGAUCCUCAGAAUCCAACAGUGAAGGAGAGAUUCCAGGCAGUAAACAUGGAAGAAGAAGAAGAAGAUUAUCUAUGGGGGGAGAAAGGUAGCCACAAAAGGAACAGCCCUUCCACCCAGGAGAUCUUCCGCCUGAGGUUCAGACAGUUUGGCUAUUAUGACACGCCUGGACCCCGAGAGGCUCUCAGCAAACUCUGGGAACUUUGCCAUCAGUGGCUAAGACCAGAGAUACACACCAAGGAGCAGAUUCUGGAGCUGCUGGUCCUAGAGCAGUUCCUGACCAUUUUGCCGGAGGAUCUGCAGAGCUGGGUGAGAGAUCAGCAUCCAGAGAGUGGAGAGGAGGUGGUAACUGUGCUGGAAGAUUUGGAGAGAGAACUUCUUGACCCAGGACAACAGGUUGCAUCAAGUACUCAGAAAGAGGCAGGGUCCUGGGAGAAGAUGGCAUCCUUAAGAGCAGCACAGGAUGCACUGAAUGUCCAGCUUCAGCCUAUGAAUGCCCAGGUCAAGUGUGGGUCUCCAGAGCCCCAGUUCCCACAAGAAAGAGAUUUUGAGACUAGUACCAAAUGGUCAUUUCUAAAACAGGAACUUUCUGAAGAAGUAGAAUCAAAGGAGAAGAAACCUGCAAGAUUCCCAAUGGAUAUUUCCAAGGGACCCAAGAUUAGAGAAACAUAUAAAUGUGAAAGCACUUUAGAUGAGCAGCAAGGAAACAAAAUGGAAAAAAUAGAUGAAUCCUUUUCCCAGGAUGGAAUUAUGUUAGUGACUAUUCCUUCUGAAAAAACUCCCUUAGGAGAGAAUGGUGAUGAAUAUGAUGGAAGUCUAAGUAGUUGCCAUUUGAGCUCAGACCUACUUAUACAACAUAGAGGAGAGAAACCCUACAUAUCUAAUACAAAUGACCAAAAUUCUAGCCAGAAUUUGUCUUCUAGUGUACAUCAAAGAGAUCAGACUGUCAAGAAACCUUUUGAAUGCAAUGAAUGUGAGAAAACCUUCAAGCAGAACUCAGAACUUCGAAAACAUCAGAAAUGUCAUAUGGGAGUUAAACCUCACAAAUGUACUCAGUGUGGGAAAGCAUUUGGCCGUGGUUCUGAUCUUAGGAAACAUCAAAGAAUUCAUACAGGAGAGAAACCCUAUUCAUGUAGUGAAUGUGGGAAAGCCUUCCGGGGGAGCUCAGACCUUAUUCAGCAUCAAAGAAUUCACACUGGAGACAAACCCUAUCAUUGUAGAGAAUGUGGGAAAGCCUUCAAUCAGACCUCUUCCCUUAUUCAGCAUCAGAGAAUUCAUACUGGAGAGAAACCUUAUGAGUGUAAUGAAUGUGGGAGAGCUUUCAAUCAAAGCUCAGCUCUUACUCAACAUCAGAGAAUUCAUACUGGAGAGAAGCCCUAUUCAUGUAAAGAAUGUGGGAAACCCUUCAGGCACUGGUCUGGCCUUAUGACACAUCGAAGAGUACACACCAAACUUUGACCCUGUGCAUAUUCUGAAUAUGACAGAUCUUCAGACAACUUGUAACUUUUGUUAAGUCUUGGAAAAAUAUACUGGGAUCAUAAUCCCAUAAAUUAAUUAUGAGUUCCUCAAGGGCAGGACCUAUGUUUGUCUAAUUGUGUUUGGUCCUUGCCUGAGUGCCAUGUGCCUAUGAGAAAUAAGGUUUAUUUUGUGAUAGCUUAAUCUAAGUAAUGAAUGGAGGAAACAUUAAUUAUUUACCUCCACCUUUUACUUUUUAGGAAACUCAAGGAAUGUGAAAUAAAUGGGAAUGUAAUGUCUUGAGCUAGAGUUUAGUCACUCCAAGAGACUAUGGAUUGGAUACAGCUGAUUUGCUUUGCCUCUUUAGCCACUGUUAAGGAAUUCCUGUAUUUGUGGUCCCUUGUCAUUGACAUCAGGGUGAUUUGGAUAAUUUCAGUGACUCUUCCCUUGGGUGUGAUCAUCCCUUACCUCCUUUCCUAUUUCCAGUGGCAACUAUGUUUGAGGAACAAAACUACACAUGAGAGUGAUUCUAACAUUCUUUUUCCCAUGGGAAUAAAUACAAAUAGUCUCCAUGUUUCUGACGAGAUCUGACAACGAGGAAGGGCUAUUAGUGUGCCAGGAAAGAAAGGACAUAGAUACACACACACAACUUAUUAAUAUUUGGCAUGUAAGGUAUUUACUGUUAUUUUUGUAAAUAGUUAUCUUCUAGGAGGGGAGGGCAUAUGACUUUUGCUAUUUCACAGGUGGAGCUGAUAUGCCAAGAAAAGGAGAGUUGUCCUUAAGGGGAUUAGGAAAGAUUUGGGUGCCCAGAGUCCCUUCCUUGGGCUGUUCAGUGUAAGAAGAUCAAUCCUUUGAGAUGAAUUGAGGAAAGCAUCUUUUUAAGAGGGUUCAAAUAGAAAGCUAUUGGAUCAGAGAACUGUAGAGGGACAACUGUAGGGUUUCACAAUAUUUUUAACUCUUGUUUGAGAAGAGGGGACUUGGACUUUGAGCCAGAUAGAAAAAAUGUUCAAUUUAAUAAAUAGUUCUAAUCUCAGUUAUUAAUAUCCCCAUCUCACCCUUUAUCUUAACCAGAAAUUAUAUUGAAACUUGAUUAAACUCAGACUUUGAAAUCCUUUUGUCCUGAGGAGCACAUCCUUUUGUCUUUCUGGCCUAGUGGGACAACUUGCUUCCUUUCUAUUUGAUUCAGGGAGAGGGUGGUUGAGGUAUUUUCUCUUUUCUUUCAGGUCAGUGCUGAAAGACCAGAAUUUGGAAGAGGAAUCACUGGCUUAUUUCCUGGAAUAGGUACUUAGUCUAUAAAAAUGCUGGGCCCUCCCCCGAGAAGGUAGAGAAGGUAGUAUCCAGCUCCCUGCUGUAGGAAGUCCCAUUUUUCCUUGUUGCUGUGGGUUUGGCUUGAGUGUCUUCACUUUUCCCAUUGUAGACUUUUUAAACCACAAUAUUGGAAAGGGGUUUUACUUUGUGCCUCUUCUUUGAUAAGUCAGUGCCCUGAAAGCUAUUGUUACUGAGGAAAGGAGUGUGGGUAUGCUGUGUGCAUGUAUGUAUUGUAAACACGUGUAUUUUUGCUGACCAAUAUUUUUGUUCUUUCCACUGCCUACCAUAAAAGGUUAUUCUUAUUCCUGCAAUGGAAGGUCUUCCCUUGAGAUCUAAUUUUUUAAAACACGAGUUGUCAUCCUGACAUAAUCCUGCCAUUGUUCAAACCUUCCUGUUACAUGUCGGUAAAGUUAGGAGGUUAUGGCUUUGUGAAUUGAGAAGUGAACAAUUUGGUAACCACACUAGUGGAGCUCACCUUACUCAGUGAUGAAUGGAGCUCGUGUUUGCAAUGGCAACUGAUAAGUCCUAGACUUUCAGUAGGGGAAUGGGAAAAUGGACAUAAGGAAAGCAUCCCUCUACUAUCAGGGAAGUACAAUAUAGUGACUGUGAUGGAAUGAUUAGCAGUUUCUGGAUUUAGAAAUAUUUCUUAGAUCAAUUAGUCCACAUCAUUAGUACCUGGCCAGGACAUGAAAAUAUCAAGCAUAAGACCAAAGGAAAAAGGAGGUGGUUAUCGCCAAAUCCUGAGUUGCUAUGGAAUUAGGAACCACCAUAGUGUUUUUGCUGGGGAGGAGUUAGUGGCAUUUGGAGUCUACUGGGAGAGCUAAGGUUUGGGGUUUAGGAUUGUGGGUAGGCUGUCCUAUAUUUAGCUCUAUUAAUCUAGUUCUUGGGUGUAAAGAGUUAUGAAGCAUCUUUUAGAAACUGAGUCAACUGGGCUUUCUCCCAACGCAUGUGAUUUUCUUUGAAGAAAACAGGUGAGAUAUAAAUAAGAGUGGGAGCUAUAAGGAAUCCAUAAAUCUUAGAGAAAUAGAAUCACUGAACCUAAAAGUUAGAUUCCUCAGAAAUUAGUCCCAUCCAUACUUGAUUGAGAAUUCUUAUUACAAUAGAGGACCUCUAGUGAGAGAAAACUCAUUAAUUACCUUUGGAGGUAACCCCUUCUGUUUUUGCACUUCCCAAAAUUUUUACUGACAUAAAAUGUAAAUUUGUUUGCAUAACUUCCUCACUUUUGGUUUUUCCCCUGAGACAGAGCCGAUUAAACCUAAUCCUCCUUUCACCUCAUAGGCCUUUAGAUACUUGAAGACAGUUAUCUUAUACUACAACAGAACCUCCUGAGUACUCCAGUUUUCUGUCUUGGGUGCCUUCCUCAGUUUGGGCCACAUUUUGUUUGUGUCUUCAAAACUUGUUUGUGGCUACUUGGUUCAGUAGAGGAGCUUGGACUGGCAUGACUCCAUUCUUGACCUUUGAUAAAGUUAUGCUGGUACCUAGAGUUGAACAUAAUGCUCUAGAUGUGGUCUGGUCAUAUUUGAGGGCAUUAGAACCUUUACUCUCUUGAUUGGCACUGAUCUUGUUAGUGAAGUUUAGUAUAGCAUUGACUUUUUAGACUGCUGUCAUUGUGCUGACAGUUACUGCACUUGUGGUCCACUGGAAUCUCAGAUUUCUGUGUAUGUGAACUGAUGCUUCCCUAUCAUGUACUUGAGAAAUUGAUGGUUUUGAACAAAGUGUAGAACUUUACUUUGACCCGUAUGAAGUUUCAUCUUAUUUGACUUGGGCCAUUGCGUUAUCUUGUCAAAGAUCUUUUUGUCAACUUAAGUUUGUCUCCCAACAGGUUAAAUGUUUCUCUGAACUUUUUUGCCCUCUACAAAUUUGCCAAACAUGCCUUCUUUGCCGCCUUUUAAGUUACUUUCAAAAUGUUGAGCUAAGGGUCAAGGACAGAUAGCUGGGACAGUCCUUUCAGAUUGAUCUUUCAUUGGUGACUAUUUUUUGUAUCUGUUCAGUAACCAUACUGUUACAUAGUCCAUACCUCUCCAUCUUGUUCUGAAAGAUAAUGUGAGAACCUUUGCUAAAUGCUUUGUUCAAAUCUAGCAAUUCUAACAAAUUGCAUCUACAUCAUUCUCCUGAUCUGCCAGUCUAAUUGCCUUCAGUAGAAGUAGUGAGGUUAGGCUGGCAAAAUUCCAUUAUUUAUUCUUGAUAAAGCUAUGCUGCCUUUUAGUACUCUCUAGUUAUCAGUGUUUGUGAAUUAUCUCUAUAAUAGUGUCUUAGAAUAUUGUUAGGAAAAAAAUUCAAGCUAUUUGUCUUGUUUUUGCAGACUUCAGUCUCAUCUCUUUUUUUGAAAAUCAGGAGCAUUUGCUCUUGUCUUAUGACACUCAUUUACAAUUUUACAAAUAGGUGCAGAACUGGAGAAGGAUGGAGCUUAAGUAAUUAAAAAAUCAUUGUCAUGGAAAUUUAGGGUAGAGUUGUGAUAAAUGGAUGAAAAAAAAAGAUCCCUCAAAGUGGUUUAUGAUGCAGAAAUUCAGCAGAGAAGCCUUCAGUCAGGACUAGAGUCCCAUGGAGGCUGGCUGGCUCCCUCACUUCCAUCUUGAGCUACAGUAGGGUAACAUGGUGGGUGAUAGCCCAGACAAGCAGAGGGAUUUGGGCCAUGCUCAAAGGCAUGGUACUUUAGGAUGCUGGAUUUACAUGGAAUUUCCAGACAAAUACUUGCUUUGGCUGUGUCACAUUGCUGGUAAGGUGUUAGGGUCAGGGAGCAUGGUUUCUAAAAAUUAACUAGGAAGGCCACUCAAGAUGAGGAAGGUGGAAUUCUAGCUGUGUUGUAUCAGCAAGUUUGUGGGAGAGCUUCUGUAACUGGUUCUAACCAGAAGUGUGUGCAGUUAAGAUUUAACUUUACCCAGCAAUGUGUAACAACUGACAUGUGUGGGGGAGUGGGGCCAUAGAAUCUGCUGGUCAUUCAGUUGUAGUCUUCAAAAUUAUGAAGAAAAUAGGUAUGAAAAUUUCUUAGAAUUCUUGGAUGUCGAAUAGACUGCAUUUUACCACAAUCCACUGGAUGCUAACAAGAACCAGUUCCAGACAAAACUUACAUAGACCUAUUGUGAAUUAUAGAGCUACAGGAGUAACAUGACUUUACAAGCAAAUAAAUAGAAAAAACUCACCUUCAAGAAACACCGGUUUGAAUUGCACGGUUUUUACCUAAGAUGAGAAAAGACAGAGUUUCAAUAUGACAUUUAAAAAAAAUAAAGGAAAUUGGACUUCAUCCCAAGAUUUAUUGUACUCUUCUGUUAAAUUUCAUAUACUAUUUAAUAUUUUCCUCUAAAAAUGGACAUUUGGAGCUCCCACAGCCAUUAUAAGAAUUUCUGCAGGAGAAAGCCGCCUUUUUGGAUUUUUGAUAUGCACACCAACCCAGAAACAAAA